AUUUCCUAUGACUACCGUCGGCUCUCAAAAUGCUCUGAAAUUCUUGGUUGUGUUGAAGCCGGAAAUUGUGGCACAUCGAGUUUUGGCGCAGGUCGCUCUAUCAGAACUCCGUAGCAAUGGAAUCGAAAUCGAAGAAAUGCGACAGAUGAAGAUCUCGGGAUCCCUUGCCAAACAGCUUUACGCCCAACACCAAGGGAAAUUCUUCUAUGAUCGUUUGGUCAGACACAUUUCGAGUGGACCCGUAAUUGCGAUGAGAGUAUCCGGAAAUGCCAGGAAAUGCAUAGGAUCUAGUCGUUUAUGGCCGAGGUUGGAGCCGACUGUUCAACCGAUUCGUCAGCGAUUUGCUUUAUCGGAUGUUCGGAAUGUUGCGCAUGCUAGUGAUGAAGAUGCUGCGGAGAAGGAGUUGCAGCUUUUUGAAUUGAUCUAAUAUUUGACCGGGGAAUUGUAAAAAUUGUUUUUAGACCAGUAAAAUGAUUUUCCCAA